AUGUCUGGAAGAAUGCAAAGACAGAUCUUCUGGCCGACUCCAGCAAGCUUGAGGCGCAUAGACCAGAUCCGACGGGGUGGACGUAUUGCGAACCCAGGCCGGGCGAUCACGCCUGAACUUCUCUGUCCAGAUCUUGAGUAUUCCUACACGGUGAUCGAACACAAGGAAUGGACGUCCUUCCGUGCUGGCUCAGAUCCCACACACCAUGGUCCUUACGACACUCUCGACGAAGCAAAUGCUGUGUUGACCAGCAUCUACGAAAGGUUGCGACAUGGGACGGAGGUGGAUGGCUGGUCUGACGGUACGUGGCCGGACGGGCGGCGUUGGUACAAGUGUGACGACUGGGGCCACGAGGAGAGUUAUGAGCUGCGUAUCGAAGCUACAGCCACCCGUCCCAGGGCUGUGAGGAUUGCUCCAGCUGUUGUCGCUGGCAGCAACAGUUCACACCAGAUUAGAGAGGACAUAUUCACAACACAGAGCCUGCGUCGGGCUCUCAUAAAGCGAAUUGCAGCAUCAGAAAAGGGCAUCGAGGCUGCGGUGGACCGCCUCAUUGCAAAUCCGCGAACCGCUUCGGAGCUGGUGCAGGUGCUGUCCAGCAAUGCUCCGACGGCUGUGCUUGAUGCACUCGUUGGGUCACUGGUUGGGUCUGAGGUUCGAGUGGAACGGGUCAUCAGUCAAAUUCUUGACCACGAAGAAGCCGCAGAGCUUUUGCGUGACGAAGUCCUUGGGUCCAACAGUGGACGCGAGGAAGCUGUCAGACAGAUACUUCAGAUACUCGAGUAUAAAGGGGGAUGGAAGAAAGCUGUCAGACAGAUCUUCGAGUCUGACGGUGUAUCUGAGGAAGCUGUCAGACAGAUACUCGAGUCUGAUAAUGGGUGUGAGGAAGCCGUUAGGCAAAUCCUCGCGCGCGAGGACCAGCCACAAGCCUUACGCACGGAAUUACUCGGAUCUGAUACUGGCCGCGAGGCCGCAGUCUACGGAAUCCUUGAGGAUCGCCGUCAAGCUCCUCUCUUUCGGUCAGAGCUCCUCUCCGCCGACGGUGGCAUUGAAGAGGCUGUGCAUCAAUUGCUCAGCCACCCUUCACAGGCGCGGCACUUACGAACGGAGAUCCUGGAGGAUGUGAAGGAGGAAUAUAUCGCGCAAAAACGUCAGUCCUGGCAAGUCGCGUACGUGGCAGAUCGCAAGAAGCGUUGGCAGGCGGAGUAUAUUGCUGCUGAAAGUGCGAAGUGGAGGGAGGAGUGUAAGACCAGUAUGGCUACCGAGCUGCGGGAGCAGGUUCGUGCAGAGCUCAGAAACGAGUUGCGGUCUGAAAACGUCGGUUUGGAAGGCACUGAGGGAGGUGAGCCAGUCAGCGCGCCAUCGCAACCGAGAAGGGCCACGGCUGUGGCGUCAGCAAGUGCUGGGAGUCGGCCGGCCGGCGUCGUCAAGCGGGCCGCUACCAGGCGAAGGAAAUGA